UGGACUUUACUCUGAGCAGCAUCAAACCUCGGACACUUAACUCGCAGAAUGGAUGUGAAGUUGUUGACGGUCGUGGCUGCGCUCACGGUGCUGAUGUACGCGCCUCCAUCACAAGCAAAGCCCAUCAGCCUUGUGGAAAGAUGCUACUGUCGCUCCACGGUCAACAGCCUCCCACGAUCCUACAUCCGCGAGCUGCGCUUCAUCCACACGCCAAACUGCCCCUUCCAAGUCAUUGCCAAGCUGAAGACAAACAAAGAGGUGUGUGUGAACCCUGAGGUCCGGUGGCUGCAGCAGUACCUGAAGAACGCCAUCAACAAGAUGAAGAAAUCCAAACAGAGGAUCUAACAGCCUCCUGGAGAUCCUCCUGAGCUGUCACUCACGUAUCACAUGUAACGAGAGAUCAUCUAGUUCGUUGUACAGCACUUAUCCUGGCUGCAUGCUGCGGCCCUUUGCAUGAAAUAACCCAACGAUCCCUCACCAUGAACGUAAACCCACAACUCUGUCUGUCUCCACCAUCACCCCAUCAUCACCUUUAGAGAUCUUAGAUGCUAUUAGCGCAAAGUGCAAUUGUAUCUGUGCUUGUAUGUUUUUCUAACUGUACUGUAUAUACAUUUUUUGUUAAUGGACUUCAACACUAAAGAGCUACUUUUGGAGAUUUCCCUCUGUUGGACCUCUCUGUCAUUUAGGAAGAAAGGGCGGACAUUAAAAGAGAUAUUUGUCAGAAUUUAUAGAUUCCUGCGGACCACUGAGCCAGGACAUUUAUUAUAACAAAUCCUAAACAUGAUGUCUGCUUAUCCUUACUGUCUCUGACUUUAAUUGUACAAAAGGACUUACAACAAUGUAUAGUUUCUUCAUAAAAACAAACAAACAGGAGAACUGCUAAAGUUUGCCAAGUUGUAUUCCAUGUUUCACGUUAAUUGGCAGCGUGGAAUUUCAAUGUGUGCCAGAAACCUCCAGACUAAAUAAUAAGAUGUUUAAAAGAUCCCUGUUAAAAUGGCAAUUACAAAGUUGUUGCGAUGGAAGUUUGAAUGCCAAACGAGCUGGAGUAUUCCCUGAGCUGCUCUGUGGCUGUGAUUACUCGACCCUGUUACAGAAAAUGUCUCUUUUUUUAUGCUUACAGGACGAACAUCUGGAUUUUAAAUUGUUUAACUGAGCAAAGAAGUUUACUGUACUCAUAAAAAAGAUGGAGAGAAAAUCAUGACACAGCUGAGUAAUUUUCAGAUAAAGAAUUAUAUCAUGUUAGCUGAUUCUGAUUGAAACAACAGCUUUGUAAGGAGGUUCAUUUUAAAAAAGGGGCGCACAUAAAUUUGAGUUACCACAUCAGUAGUUAAAUCUCAAUGUUAGAGUUAAAGGGGCAGGACAUAAAGUAGCUCAUUACCUGACAAUAACUAUACACACAUUGACGGGACUACCUACUACUGUCAUGCAGAUUGCAAUGCACUUUAUAUCAGAUGUAUAUUCAUGUUUUAACAACUACGUUUACUAUAACUCACUAAGUCUGAUCAUUAAACUCUGUCUGUAAUCCUUUCAUGUUAACCAUGCUGUUUUCAUUCUGUUGUUUAUGAUGAUUGAAUGUGAAGCUGCAUUUAACUGUUGAAGCCAGGGAAGUCUGUUCAUCUAAAGCUCCUUGUCAUAUGUAAAAUUAAUAUUAUACAAAUGUUUUAUUUUUGUACUCUUAUAUACAUUUAUAUAUUAAACAUAAACAUUAAAAUGAUGGAAGUGUACUCAC